UUUGCACCUCUAUUUGCUACCACAUACAUAAAUUCUGCGGCUGUUCUGCGGCAUAAUCGUGGAUAGCAAAAUUUGGAAAGGAUUUAUUUUCUAAUAAAAACUAGACAUAAGCGCAUGGAAAACGGUGUGGAAAAUGGCUUAACGCCCGAUGGCGAACAAUUAGAGGUGCGUGAAAACCAAAUGGAUGGCAGCACGGACGGAGAGGCUGAUGGCGAGGGCGACUCGACGCCACUGCUGCCGCAAACAACAAAUGACGAUGUAAGUGAUGUGGAUGGGGAACGCGAUAUGUCUAUGUCGGAUGCGGCUGAAGGUGAAGCGGACGCAGAACCCACUCCUGCCGAGGCAGUGGCGCCCUGUCAGAUUUCCAUACUGGAAGAUAGUAUGUGUGAAAAAGAUGCAGACAGCGAUGUGCCUGACGAUGAGAAUGAUGACGAGGCGAAGGAGAACUAUGAGGGAUUCAAUGGCACUGGUCGCACAGUAACUCUGCAAACUCUAAUGGCUGCAAACGUUCUACAGCCAGGCAAAUCGCUAAUGACAAUUGAUUACCUGGGACAAAAGUUUGUCGGUGAUCUUUUGCCAGAUGGUAAAAUUAAAUCUCAAGAGACUGAAACAAUAUUUGUAACACCCAGUGCUUGGGCAAUGCAUUGUAAACGAAUCAUAAAUCCUGAAAAAAAGAGUGGCUGCGGUUGGGCCUCUGUAAAAUACAAAGGCAAAAAGCUAGAUGCCUAUAAAAAUACAUAUUUGCGAAAGUGUGCUUUGCAAAAGGAGUCAACGCCAGAGGAUGGUGAACUAGACGCCGAACGCAAAACUGAAUCACCAGAUUUAAUUGUGAAACGUACAGUAUUUCAGCACAAUACUGUGACCAAUCGCAAUAUUAUUCACGAUGCCAAUAUGUUAAUUGAGGCCGUGCCGUUCACUUCAUUGGGCAAAUUACAACCUUUUCUAUUGACAAUCACAUCCUCCGCUCUUUUGCUAGCUGAUUUCCAUUGCCAUUUGACCGUACGCGAAGUGUGCGGAUAUUUGGGAGGUACUUGGGAUAUGAACACGCACACAUUGACAAUAACGAAAACGUAUCCAUGCCGCAACACCCGCUUCGAUCGCCAACGGGCCGGCGAAGUAGAGCGGGAUAUACAGAAAAUGAUGUUACAAGAUCAAGUUUUGCUUGUUGGCUGGUAUCACUCGCAUCCCAAGUUUCAAGCUGAGCCGACAUUACGCGAUUGCGAUUCACAACUAGACUAUCAGAUACGCAUGCGAGGUGCUAGCGAUCUAACAUAUACACCAUGCGUUUCACUUGUUAUUUCCCCUUAUUACGAAGAAAACCCAACUCUGGAGUCGGUAGUGAAGUGUAUAUGGAUAGUGCCGCCAAAUGAAAAUAAACAGGCCAUGGAAUAUGGACGACCAAUGUUAAUGCAAUAUUCGGUGCUGCCCGAUAAAGAGAUACCAGAAGAGGUGCGGACUGAAAUUCAAUCGUGCGUCGAUUAUUAUACUCAGUAUCGUGGCGAGAUUGUCAAGUUUCGUAACAUUUACAACAACGAUGUUACCUACAUCGAGAAAUUGAAAAACACUCUGUAUCCAAAGUUUCCAUCGAAGCAGAGUGAUAAAGCAUUGUGGAAUUGGUUAUGUGCCGUCCUAGACUGUGAACAGGAAGACGAUUUCAUACCACCGAAGACUAUUAAGAUAAUUGAUAAUGAUGACGAUGAUUUGAUAGUUAAGAUGGAAAAGGCGACGCAGCAACAGUCACAGUCGCAAUCUGAGCCGAUGAAUGAUAUUAAACUGGAAGAGCAGAAGCUCAAAGAGGAACCAUUGGGAGAGAUUAUUCAAUUGAAUUCCGUCGAAGAAGUGUCUCGAAAGAUAGAGGAUGAAACGACACUGCAAGCUGAGCAAAAAGCUAGCGAGCUUAAAGUAAUGUCGCUGCAGGAACAACUUUGUAUGCCAUCGGGACUUAAUAUGAAUCCAGUUCGUAUGCUAUCACCAUUGGCAACGCCAAAUCCAACGAACCAUACUCCAGCCACAACACCAAGUGCCGUGGUGCCACCGAUACCGCUGACUGCUUCUGCCAACCAGUUGCCGCCUCCACAGGUCCCAAUGGUGCCACAGAUACCGCCAGUGAAUAGCAUUGCAACAAGUUCUGUCCAAGCACAAUCUGUAUCACCACGAGACAGUCCCACAAAUCUUCAAUUACAAUCGAAUGCUGCCAGUCCUGCAAAGUUUGAGCUUCCAGUGCGGGCCUCGCCAUCGCCAGCUAAAUCGGAUGCCUCGUCACACACAUCCCGCACACGAAAUUCGCCAGCACCAAGUCCUGGCAAGUUUAGUGUUAGCGACAUUGCCCGAAAUAGUCCAAGUUUGACACCGAAUAAAUAUGAUGCACUGACCUCGGUGCCAUUAGUGCCGCCAUCUGCAGCGUGCUUGCCAACAGCCAAUGACUUGAUGGCAGCUAGUUUGGCACAGCUAGCUGGCCAAUUACCGCCCAAUUUUCUGCAGGCAGAUCUGGCCGCUCUCUUUCAGCAGCAACAACGCAAGGAUUAUGGCAGUUCAUCGCUUAAUCAAUUGGCUGCAGCAGCGGCUAAAGUGGGUGGCUCAAAACAGUCCAACAGUGCGACAGCGCUAGGUAAUCUUAGCGAUCCCACUGUGGCAGCGGCUGUGGCAGCCUAUUCCAAUAGUUUCAACAUGCCGCUUCCCACGGCCAGCAACACGGGAAGCAUAAGCGGCAGCAGCAAUACUAACAACAGUGGCAGUAACAGUGGCAGCAAGUCAAAAAUGGAACGAUCUUCCAAGUCCUCGGCGUCAUCGUCAUCAUCGAAUUCUAGCUCAUCAUCGAACUCGUAUAAAACAAAGCUCAUGAAAGAACUGGACGAGCUCAAGAAUGAUCCGCUUAAGAUGAGCGAACUAAUACGUUCGCCUGAGUAUGCGGCUCUGCUCUUACAGCAAGCAGAGGCCUUGGGUGCUACCACACUUGGAACGUUGGGCUUUGGCUCUGAUUUAAGUUAUUUGACAGGCAGCAAUCAACAAGCGACAAAUCCAACAAGCAGCAAGUCGUCAAAAUCAACAUCGGCUGCAUCUUCAUCAUCGUCGGCGGCAGCUGCUGCUGCUGCACUUAAUGCUGACUACAACAAUUUAAUUCAAGCGUCUAAGCUGCUGGGCUAUGAUUCCUACAUGCAGCAGCAGAGCAAGCAGAGCAAUGACCUCAAUGCGUUCCUACAGCAGCAUAUGGCUGCAGUUGCUGCAGCAUCAAUACCGCCGCCACCUGUUACUACCAGCAAGAAACAACAGCAUCAGCAGCAGCAACAGCAGCAACAACAAUCAGCCCAAGCCGACUACACAGCAUUAUUACAGACCUACACGAAAUUGUUUGAUCCGAACAAUCAAUUUGCCGCUGCAAUGGCUGGAACCGGAAGCAAACAUAUGAGUGGAGCUCACAAUGAGCUGUCUGCAUUGCUGGCUGCUGGCGCAAGUGGCAUGGCUGCUGCCGCCGGUGGCGCUGCCAGCGCAGUUAGUCUCAAGCAAAAGCAGAAGGACAUGCAAUCGGAUAUGCUUAAUCAACUGCUGCAACUGGAGAAGCAUGAUUCAGAAAUUAAAGCGUUGCUAUAUCGCCAGAACAAGGCAGCCGCCGAUUUGGAUGCGCUUUUUGCAGCGCCAUCAGGAGCGACUGCAGCAGUUGCUGUAACAGGUAACUCUUCAAAAUCCGGCAGCAGUUCAGCGGCAACGGGCGUACCAUCACCAUCUACUCUAUCAAACUCUGCGGCUUACUACAAUGCACUGGCCCAGGAGAAAAUGCAGGAUUAUGCGGCAUUCUUUCAGCAGCAGCAUGGAAAAUAUGGAAUACCAGAUCCGCUGUCUAAGUCAACGUUAGCAGCAAAUAAUAUGUUUAUGUCUCCUUCGGCCCUGUUCAAGAUUCAGCAGGAAUCUCUGUCGGCCAUGAUGAUGAAGCCGCCCAAAUCGACAACACCUUCGUCGGCUCGAACUAGAGAGUCAUCUGCGUCGCCGGCAUUGGAGCGACUUACACCUACCAAGUCCAUAAGCAGCGGGGGCGGAGGCGGUAGCAUAAUUGGAAAUGCCAAUUCAGGUAGCAAAUAUAAUUUUAGUGCUGUCGAUUUGGCAAUAUCCAGUGUGCCCUCAAACACGCCGUCACCAGCGCCGUCGGACGGUAGCAGCGGUUCAUCGCAUCGACGUCCAUCUCCGGAUCUAAGCCGUCUGUACGGGGAAUUGGCACCGCCAGGUGCCCUACUUGGCAAUGCAUUGCCUAAGAAACGAAUGGAGUUUGCAUCGGUAGCUGAUUUAGCUGCUCCCCCGCCAGCGAAAAUACCGAAAAAUAAUGUUGGGGAUGAUGUCUUGAACUUAUCACAUGAUUAGGAUAGGCGACAAGGCGCUUCUACUGACGAGUGUAGUACGUCCCAGUGAACGCAGUAUUUUCUCAGCAGUAUCUAUCUCCCAUUCUCAAUAUAAUGUUAAGUGAAUAUCUUCCCAAACUCAUACCCAUGACUUAAAUCGCCUUUCUAAGAUGCCUGUGCAUUCGAAUUGAAAUUGUAAAAUGCAGAUUGGUAUGGAAAGCAAGAGAAAUUAAGAAAGUUCCGCAUGUCUACAUAGAUAUUAAUUGCAAUUAAUUUAAAGGAAUAUUCAUUGAAAAUCAGUUGAAAUUAGCACUCAUACUGCAUGGCGUAUCAUUUGUAAUAAAUUUGAUAUAUUUGCAAUAUGUCCAGAAUGUAGAUAAGUACAGAAACAAAAACAAACACAUAUACAUAUAAAAGUAAAGAUAAUGAUAUUAAGAUAUACAGAUACAUAUGUAUUGCAUUCCCAAAGUUGGGUAUAUUUAGUGCUUGAUGUCCUUAAACAUUUAAUUUAUACAAUAAACUAUUCUAGGUUUAAAUAAUGCACAAAGGUACUUUAAGUAUUUUAAUAUAGUACACUCAGAUACAUAAAUGCAUACAAACAUGAACCUACACAAACUUACUGCAUACAUAUAUAAAAUGUAUUACCUAUAACAUAAUUUCAAAUUGACUUUGCCGCAAUAAAAUAUUUAAACUAGUUUCUUAGUUUACAAUAUUAAAUAGAAAAUAAAUUAAUUUCUGGAUGUUCACAA